AUGCAGACUGCACAGCGAGGGCCAUUGAGUCUGGUGCCCUCUCUACUUCUAGUCCUUGUGUUCAAUCUCAUACUACCAACACAAGCCCUCUACUUCUACCUGGACGGUGCCUCCGCAAGCCCAAAAUGCUUCUACGAAGAGCUCCCUAAGGACACUCUGGUCGUCGGCCACUACAGCGCCCUCGAGUCUCAAAAUAACGUCUUCACCACGAACCCCGACCUCUCCAUCACCGUCACCGUCGACGAAGUCUUCGACAACGACCACCGCGUCGUCAACACCAAAGGAUCCCACACCGGCAAGUUCACCUUCAGCGCCGCCGACGCUGGCGAGCACCGCAUCUGCUUCACGCCCACCGGGGCCUCGCAGGGUGGGUGGUUGAGCCAGGGACAGGGCCAUGGACAGGUGAGGUUGACGCUGGAUCUGGCGAUUGGGGAGACGAGCGCGAUCGAGAGCACGGAUAAGGGGAAGUUGAGUGAGAUUGCGCAGAAGGUUAGGGAUUUGAAUGGGAGGCUGCAGGACAUCAGGCGGGAGCAGGUUUUCCAGAGGGAACGAGAAGCGGAGUUCAGAGAUCAAUCAGAAUCUACGAAUGCGAGGGUAGUGAGGUGGACUCUACUACAACUGAUCGUCUUGGGCGUCACUUGUGCUUGGCAGCUAUCGCACCUUCGCGCCUUCUUCAUCAAGCAGAAACUCACAUGA